CGUGUGUACCGAUGACCCAUUACGAUCGUGUCAUUUGCUGCCUUGCGGGCUCAUCCUCACUUAGUAGCGACAUGUCAACCCGUGGACAUCGCACGACGCGAAUCAACCCCCCAUUAUAGUCCCCUCGUUAGUCAGUUCACAAUUGUUAACCACGCGGUUACCGAUUCUUCAACAUUUUCAAUUUCAAUAUCGCGCCAUGAUUGUUUUGCCAUUUCGCGCGUACUGAAUUCAGUUGCCCGCUUUUAAAAUGCCAUGGCCACCGGAAUAGAAUUAAUUAUAUCGACAAUAUGCAAUGCUACGUUUUGCGAACCGGUGUACGACAACCCUGUAUUAGAGUCACACACAUCGUCGAAUUUGCAUCAGUAUCGAGAUUUAAUUAAGGAACUCAACGGAAAACAUCUGAAAAUUGGAACUUACAAUAACCGUCCUUUUAGCUGGGUGGAGCGAGGUGAGAAUGGCACGCUCAUCGGAAAUGGAGUAUCUUUCGUCCUCGUUGACAUUCUGCAGAAAAGAUUCAACUUCACGUAUGAAGUGGUGGUGCCCCAGAAAAACUUCGAGAUGGGCGGCGCCAAGCCGGAAGAUUCUCUGAUCGGUCUUGUGAAUAACGGCCAAGUGGACAUGGCAGCUGCAUUUCUGCCAAAGCUGACGAGGUUCCACGAGAAGGUUAGUUUCUCCUACGACUUGGAUGAAGGCAUCUGGGUUAUGAUGCUGAAAAGACCAAAGGAGUCCGCCGCGGGUUCAGGUCUACUAGCUCCGUUUAACAGCGCUGUCUGGUACCUGAUCCUCGUGGCAGUAUUGUCGUAUGGUCCCUGCAUCACUCUGCUGACCAAGCUGCGGUCUAGACUGGUUCCAGAUGGCGAGAAGUACAUCCUUAUGUCGCCUAGCUUUUGGUUCGUCUAUGGUGCCUUCAUCAAGCAGGGGACCAACCUUGCACCUGACGCUAAUACAACCCGAGUUUUAUUCACAACCUGGUGGAUCUUCAUAAUCCUGCUCUCCGCGUUCUACACGGCGAACCUGACUGCCUUUCUCACUCUCUCCAAAUUCACUCUGGACAUCGAGAACCCUCAAGACUUGUAUAAGAAGAACUAUAGAUGGGUGUCUGCGGAAGGUGGCGCGGUGCAGUAUGUUGUUUCCAGUCCCAACGAAGUUCUGUACUACCUCAGCCGUAUGAUAUCCACCGGACGGGCCGAGUUUCGUUCCAUGACCAGUUUGUACGACUACCUUCCUCUUGUGAACGGUGGAGCUGUAUUGGUCGAAGAACGGGUUGGGAUUGACGAGCUAAUGUAUGGAGACUACCUCAGAAAGGCAAGGGAAGGCGUCGCGGAAACAGACAGAUGCACCUACGUCAUAGCUCCCAAUUUCUUCAUGAAGAAGCUGAGGGGAUUUGCGUAUCCUAAAAACAGCAAGUUGACUGGUGUCUUCGAUUCUGUCUUAUCAUACGUCCUACAAGCCGGCAUAGUGGACUUCCUGGAACACAGAGACUUGCCCAGCACGAAGAUAUGUCCCCUGGAUCUACAGUCGAAGGACCGGCAACUUCUGAACAGUGAUCUUCUGAUGACCUAUAUGAUCAUGUUCACUGGGCUUGCCGCUGCUAUUGCCGUAUUUAUUGGAGAGGUCAUCGUCAAACGCUACAUCAUCAAGGAUUCGAAGAGUAACAAAUUAAAGCGCAAGAAAACCAAGUUCCAGAAGAAUCCUCGUUUUUACAACUAUGAUGAUAGCAGACCUCCACCCUAUGAUUCCAUUUUCGGACGGAGCCCUAAGAUCAAGGUGAACGCUGCCACAAAAACAAAGAUCAUCAACGGCCGGGAGUACUUGGUGAUUGACGCUGCUAACGGGGACACACGGCUCAUACCAGUGAGGACUCCAUCGGCAUUCUUGUAUCGGCUUGAUAGAUAGAUAUUCUGGACAGACUAUGCAACUAAGAUUAUGCCUUAUCUGGACCCUAUUAUGGACCUUAUUUGCUUGCAAGAUUCUGGGAGUCCGGUAUACGGACUAUAAGCCACGUAUACGGACAUGCGUAGACCACGGAUUUUUAGUCGGCCGAUAGUUGGGCCCGAUUCUCAUUGGUAUGAAGAAUCAAUCGGUGUAAUGUGCGCACUUCCAUACAUGCCCGUAACUGAUUAACUGCCCGAUUACACUAUCGGCCGACGAAAAAUCAAUGAUCUGCGCCUAGCUAGGCUAACACAUUGGACCAACUUAAGUAAUGGUCCAUAUUACGAUUGGGCGGCUACGAAGAAUUUUAUUAGAUCCAACAUAAUAAAGGUUUGAACACAUGAGAAAUUAAUCGCCGAAGUAACUUUCCAUAGACAAAACUAAAUGGGUUUUGUAAUAAAGGUACCUUAUCUACUAAAUGAUUUUGUUGUUAUUUUUAAAAAUAGCAGUUUUUAAUAAUUUAUUUGCAGUGAUUGUUGAUUGAUUGUUGAUUUUUUGUAUGUUCGAGAUUUAAAGACGAAGUCUGAUUGAAAUUUUAAAUGAAGAUUUUCUAAGAUUUGUAGAAUAGAUAGAUAUACCUAGAUUGUUAAUUUUAGAUGGAGUUUUUGGAGUUAUAUUUUUGUGUCUAGUUUCUUUAGGAUAUACUCAUACAUAUAUUUUGGAUUUGAAGUUUUUGUGUAGUUUAUAUGACAUUAAUCACUGUGCACAUGGGAGCAGAAUAUAUUUUAAUAAAUAGUUUUGAGUAUGAGAAAGUUGGGUUGUCAUUAAAAUGCCUCAAUUCAAUACAUAUUUUUAUUAACUGUGAAAAUACAUUCACAAUUCCUGUAACAUUCAAUCAUGAUCUUCAACGUUUGAUUGACAAAACAAAAUUAACUAAUAAGAUUUAUAAAUAAAACUAUUUAUUGGCCUGUUAAACAGCAUUUUAUUCGAUAAAUAAAAUACAAUUAUGUAUAAAAUAAGGGCGAAUAAUAUACCUAAAAUGCGGUAAAACAGACCCCGUCCAGACUGUGUAUUACACGUACAAUACUACCCUACAUUUGUACAUAAAUACAAUUUAUAGGUACAUUUUGAGCGAACGCCUGUAACACAUCAGUCGUACCUUCGCCGUAACAACUGCGUAAAUAUAUUUUGUUGAUAAUUCAUUUGUAAAAUCAUACAUUAAUAUAGCUUAAAUAAAAUAGAUUAUUGCAAUAUUGACGAAGGAAAAAUUGAUAAAACAGUGUGUGUAAAAAGUAGACCAUGAUUUUAAUUCGACUGGAAAAUACCCGUGAUCGAUCAAUAAUAGUUAUUAUGCUUGGGACAGAUAGGUUAAUGUUAUCAUUUAUGAUUAUUAACAAAAACAAUACAUUUGAAAACUUUGUUAUUACUUUAGAAGAUUGGCUGUUUUUUACUAUGAAUAAUACAAUAAUUUCUGAAGGUGAAAUAUCAGUAUCAGUAGUAGUUAGUAACAUACCUAUUGUAGAUACUGGUACUACUGAUACUGUAUCUUCAAGAUAUUGAUCGAAAACAAGAUAAUUUCCACUUUUACCCAAUCGUAUCUUUUAAUCCCUUCGCUUUCCUUAAUUUUUAAUUAUUUUAACCAGUCUAGCUUGUAUAAACUUCACGCUUUACUAUCUAAUUAGAUUUAAAUAUGCAUUAAUAUGAAUGUGCUUAUAAUUAAAUUAACCUUUGUUAUAAACAGCGGGAGAUUUUUUAGAAAACUCUAAAUUUUUGUAGCCAAAUAUCGCUAGAACACUUUAUUGAGAAGACUGAAAUAUUAAUACUUUUAUAAAUCCUCGAAUACGCGUAAAUAUCUGAGAAUGAAAGUCGGAAAGAUUUUGCUUUUGUUCUCAAAUAUUUAUAACAUUAUUUAUCAUUAAAUCUACAGUCUUGAUAAUUUGGUGACCUUCCCGCUAAGGGUGUAUAAAACGUGAUAACGAUAUCAUUGAUAAAGUGCAUCAACUAAUGUUCGCUAUGUAAGAUUGUCUAUCUAGUAGUCAUUGCAAAGUAUACCCGCAUUUUCUAAUGGUAAGAACACACUAUGGAUUUUUUUUAAAGAAGCAGACAAGACCUUCUGGCGAGGUCAAUAAAA